CCAAGCGUCGCACGGAUAUCCUCACUCGGAUUGCUUUUACAUACCAGGUUUGUGAAGGCUCGCCAUCUACGACCUUACCAAAACGGUUUCUACACACAAACAAUUCGCGGAAAGGGAUACCAGAGCUCUGUCAACUGCUUGGAAUAUAUAUUUGAGUGUUUACGAAUUUGCAUUCGCUAUACGGCAGACUCAGAUCAGAGCUUUCCACACCUUUGCGUAACGUGGAGACGACGGAUGGUGAUGUGCGCAUUUGCUUGUGUAUUGGACGUGGAAAGAGGGAUCGGGUCGCACAGCAUUUAACCAGGACCAUUGUGAAACACUUUAGCUGAACCAGUACAUCAUCCUCUGGUUUUACGCAUCUCAACUCCAGCUUUGAGGUCCGCAGGACUGCACUGAAGCAUCCGAACCGCGCGCCACACCGCAAGAGAACCUAUACAGUUCGCGUAGCAGUUUUCGUUAAAAUCCCGUCUAAUGCCUCUUCUCUUCGGGUGAUCGGAACGUCCAAGACGAACCUAAAGAUUGCGAUGCCAGGACAGUGAGAAGGUGGAUCUCAGUUGUUCUUCCUGAACAGUGGCAUGGCUCCGUCCCGGAGGGACUGCAGAUGUGAGAUGAUCUUUCUGUCGGGAUGCAUGCUCCUGUCCUUCUUGGGAUUUCAACCUGCACUGGCGAAGGUUUGCCACGAUUACACAAGGCACGGCCUGGACAACAACUGGUACACGAGGGACGGUGAGAAGUUGCCCAUCAUGGUCCUGAUGCCGAUGAACGAAUCAGCGCUGAUGAGCAGCAUCAGUCAAGGCAUUGAGCCGGCCGUUCAGCUGGCCAUCCAACACAUACGCGAGUCCAGGCAGUACUCCUUCUCGCUCAUCACCAAAAUCUACGACACAGAGUGUGACAAUGCAAAGGGAUUGCGGGCUUUCUUUGAUGCAAUCUGCUACGGGCCAAAACAUUUGAUGAUCUUUGGAGGAGUGUGUCCAUCGGUGACUUCAAUCAUCGCCGAAUCAUUAGAGGGGUGGAAUCUCGUACAGCUUUCUUUUGCGGCCACAACCCCUGUGCUGGCAGACAGGAAAAAAUACCCAAACUUCUUCAGGACGGUUCCAUCAGACAAUGCUGUGAACCCUGCUGUGGUGAAGUUUCUCAACUUUUACAACUGGAGUAGAGUGGGAACCCUGACCCAGGAUGUCCAGCGGUUUUCUGAGGUGCGGAAUGAUUUGACCAAUGAGCUGGAAAAGGCAGACAUCCAGAUUGCAGACACAGAGAGUUUCUCUAACGAUCCUUGUGUGAAUGUGAAGAAACUGAAGGAUAAUGAUGUUCGGAUCAUCAUCGGCCAGUUUGAUGAGAACCUGGCCUCCAAAGUCUUCUGCUGUGCUUAUAACUUGAACAUGUAUGGCAGUAAGUACCAGUGGAUCAUCCCAGGCUGGUACCAGGGGAACUGGUGGGAACAGGCGAACUCCACAAACUGCACUACUAAGAAGCUGCUGACAGCCAUGGAGGGCUACAUCAGCGUGGACUUUGAGCCUCUCAGUGCCAAACAGAUUAAAGGAAUAUCAGGAAGGACACCACAUGAGUACGAGAGGGAGUACAACCGGGAGCGAGAGCAGAAAGGGGUGGAGGCCAGCAAGUUCCACGGUUUUGCCUACGAUGGCAUCUGGGUUAUAGCAAAGACCCUCACCCGCGUCAUGGAGCUCCUCAGGCACAAGGAGAGGCAUGAUAUGUACCACAACUUCACAGUGGAUGACCGUGAGGUGGGCAGGAUGGUCCUGGAUGUCAUGAAUGAGACCAACUUCUUUGGAGUGACAGGUCAGGUGAUGUUCAGGAAUGGGGAAAGAAUGGGGACUAUAAAAUUCACCCAGUUUCAAGAGGGUCAGGAGGUGAAGGUGGGCGAGUACAAUGCCAUUGCAGACAUACUGGACCUUAUCAACAACACCAUCAGGUUCCAAGGUGUGGAACCGCCCAAGGAUCGAACGUUUGUGCAGAAUAAACGUAGGCAAAUAAAUGUCCCCCUUUACAGCAUCCUUUCUACCAUUACCAUCCUGGGCAUGGUCAUGGCGGGAGCCUUUCUCUUCUUUAACAUCAAAAACCGGAACCACAGGUUGAUCAAAAUGUCAAGUCCCUAUAUGAACAACCUAAUCAUACUGGGAGGCAUGCUGUCGUACGCUUCCAUCUUCCUUUUCGGUCUGGAUGGAUCCUUUGUGUCGGACAAAGUAUUCGAGACCCUCUGCACUGUCCGAACAUGGAUCCUUAUUGUGGGUUACACAACAGCGUUUGGUGCCAUGUUUGCAAAAACCUGGAGAGUGCACGCCAUCUUCAAGAAUGUAAAGAUGAAGAAAAAGAUUAUCAAGGACCAGAAGCUCUUUAUCAUCGUCGGUGGGAUGUUGCUGAUUGAUUUGUGCAUUCUCAUAUGCUGGCAGAUUGUAGAUCCCCUGAAGAGAACUGUGGAAGAGUACAGCUUGGAGGCGGAUCCUCAGGGAAGAGACAUUGCAAUCCGUCCCUUCCUGGAGCACUGCGAGAACACGCACAUGACCAUUUGGCUGGGGAUUGUCUAUGCCUACAAAGGCCUCCUUAUGUUGUUUGGAUGUUUCUUGGCCUGGGAGACCAGAAACGUGAGCAUUCCAGCCCUGAAUGACAGCAAGUACAUUGGUAUGAGUGUGUACAACGUGGGCAUCAUGUGUAUCAUUGGGGCGGCGGUGUCCUUCCUCACACGGGAUCAGCCAAACGUGCAGUUCUGCAUUGUGGCACUGGUCAUCAUCUUCUGCAGUACCAUCACACUGUGUCUGGUGUUUGUGCCAAAGUUUAUCACAAUGCGAACAAACCCAGAUGCUGCCACACAGAACCGGAGGUUAAAGUUCACUCAAAACCAGAAGAAGGAAGAUUCCAAGACUUCCACGUCAGUGACGAGUGUUAACCAGGCCAACACGUCCCGUCUGGAUGGACUACAGACUGAUAAUCACCGCCUCCGAAUGAGAAUCACAGAGCUGGAUAAGGAACUUGAAGAGGUUACGAUGCAACUCCAGGACACUCCUGAAAAGACUCCCUACAUCAAACAAAAUCAUUACCAAGACGUCAACAAUAUCCUGAGCAUACGCAACAUCACGGACAGCAAAGAUGGAGACAAAUCUCUGAAGAAUCACUUAGAGCAGAAACCCCAGGCUCAGUGGGGAUCCAUGGAUCCGUCCAGGAUAAGCAGAGGUCCACUAGAAGACAUCAACUCACCAGAACACAUACAGCGCAGGCUCUCCCUGCAGCUGCCCAUCCUCCACCACGCCUAUCUACCGUCCAUAGGAGGGGUGGAUGCGAGCUGCAGCAGUCCCACAAGCAGCCCGGCCUCCAGCCCGCACCACAGACACAUGCCCCCCUCCUACAGGGUCAUGGUCUCUGGCCUGUGAGCCCUGCCCCAACCAUGUACUCUGAGGAUGCGAUCAGCUUUUCUUUUUUAAAAACAGACUGAGCAAUAUCAGCAGUUAACAGAAGUGUGUGAGCAACCCAGGGCGGGGGGGUCCAAAUCCUCAUGCAUCCGUGACCCCCCUUCCACCAUGGCCACAUCAGAGCAGAACUGAUCUUUCAGGCUAGGAGGGAGGUGACUGGAUGUCCUCACACUUGCAGUAACCCACCAAGUCUGCCAUUCUCUCUCAGUUCUGUCACCUCCCGUUCCUAACUCAGUGUACUCAAAGGCCGCCAAAACAGCACGAUCAACAAAGGACAGGAGCUUGUAGCCUUACCUGCUUCAAAGAUAUGGUUCUACUGGCAGCCUUUCAACUCCUUUGACAAUAUCCAUGCACACUGGUUCUGCUGGAACUUACUGGAAAGGGAUAUCGGACGAGACCGAGGACUCCUCCUAUUCACCAUGCCAACAGCCAUGUAAAUACCAUAUUGGAACAUCAAAGCGAGCUUUGAAUAUCCUGUGAAAUGAAUUAUUUGGGGGCAUAUUAUUCUGAUGAGGCCAGGUGCUCUGGAAAACUUUACAAACAGUGAUCAAACCAGGAAAUUGACACAUUCAACAUUACAAACUGUUCUAGAUGGGACACAGAAGACCUUUUCGCUUCUUACAACAGCCCCAGCUCAAUGCCGACGGGUCAGCUGGUGUCCUAAAAGAGCACAGUAUGAACCAGCUCACCCUGGAUUUACUUGGAUUCAACUUUGCACAAUGUUAGUAAGUGAUUCUAUCACACAGUUAACAUACAAUGUUCAAGUAUUGUCUCUAUACUCCCAAAUAAAUGGAUAUUUUAAAAUGUAUUCUGGUGCAAUGCCUUACAGAGUCAAAAUUAUUUUCUGUAGUUAAUCGAAGCAUCACAGAUGCUGUCGAUAGUGAUCAAGUUGCAUUUAGUCUGGAACAUUCCUGUAACAUCUUACAAAGAUGAAUGCCAUUGGUUUCAAUAAUAAAAAAUAAAAAAAGUGCUCAACAUAAGUGACACUUUUCAUAAAUGAAACUCUAUUCCUCCUGUGAAUGAUUCAUGGCUGGUAAUCUAUGGCACUCAUGGCUCAUUGUACAUCUUAUCUGAAUGUGCAUCUGUUCUUCUGGCCCUGGAAAUGGUAUGAUGAGAUCUGGAUUUUCUGUUCUCUUACCGUCACUUUUGGCUGUAGGCUUUUACAAAAGGAUCCAGCAUUCAUGGGAUGCUGGCUACUUAAAAACAUGGAGUUACAGUUACAAUGGCCCCAAAUGUGUGUUAUCUGGACACUUAAUGCAUGAAUGUCAUUGCAUUAGAUUACAAAAUAAAUGCCAUAACUACACUGAACAAAAGUAUAAAUGCAACACUUUUGUUUUUGCCCCCAUUUUUCAUGAGCUGAACUCAAAGAUCUAAGACUUUUUCUAUGUACACAAAAGGCCUAUUUCUCUCAAAUAUUGUUCACAAAUCUGUCUAAAUCUGUGUUAGUGAGCACUUCUCCUUUGCCGAGAUACUCCAUCCACCUCACAGGUGUGGCAUAUCAAGAUGCUGAUUAGACAGCAUGAUUAUUGCACAGGUGUGCCUUAGGCUGGCCACAAUAAAAGGCCAAAUUAUUGGAAGAUUUCCAUAGUGACUUCAUACAUCCACUUUCCUUGAGUAGUUGCAAAAAGCCUUUACUUGUAUUUCAGAAAUUAGU